AUACAACCCAUAAUGUUCUAAAAGGAGUCUUCAAACAACGUAGUCCAAUGCCUCCACAAACAAAGAGAUUGCUGCCACCGAGACAUCUUCCCCCACCUGGUCCUUGCACAUGUGCCAAAUCUGCAAUAAUCCUUAAAAACUCUCUGUUUGAUGCUGAGUCUGAGGAGGUGGAGCAACGCCGACAUAAGGAGUUCCAACAACACAAAGCCAGGACUGAGUCAGUGUUAUCCACACGGCUGUAUGCUCCGUCUAACUCUCCCCUGCAGUACCCUAUCCAGGGUUUCAAAGUACGACCUAUGACCUCCACCUUCAUCCCAGGUCUAGCACUGCAUGCACGACAAAGAAGCAACUACACGGUUGGUGUGAUCCCACAGAUACAGCUGAUCUACAGAGAAACCUGGGAUAGUGUGUGUCGACUCUAUGUCUUUUUGGAAGUGUCCAAAGGAGUCCUGAAAACAGUGAUUCCAGCUGGAGGAGCACAGGUCCAUGGUAAUGGUGAGAGCCGACUGAUGAUGGAGUCCAGCAGCCUGGAGACCCUCAAUGAGCUGCUGGCUGAUGUGACCUAUACCAGCACUGUUUACCACAUACACACCGGAGACCUCGCAUCCUUCCAGUUUGAAGACCAUGAAGGUGUGUUUCCCAUUACCAUCAAACAGCCUCAACCUCCAGUCCUGUACGACAUGGGAACAGAUAUCAACUCUCAAGUCACCAUCACCACAAAGACGUUCCUGCGCUACCCAGAACUCAAUCGGUUGUUGAAAAGCAUCCGGCAGUUCUAUAAAGACAUAGAAGUCAUCAUCGCAGAUGACAGCUUUGUAACAGAGAACAUUACUGGUGGAGAUCAUACCAAACAUUUCAUCAUGCCUCCAGCACAGGGCUGGUUUGCUGGCAGGAACCUGGCGGUCUCCCAGGUCACCACCAAGUACUUCCUGUGGGUGGACGAUGACUUCCAGUUUACCAAGUGGACGAAUAUCGAAGAGAUGGUGAGAGUGAUGGAGGCGAACCCUGAACUCGACGUGGUAAGUCAAAUAAUCUGUCGCCAUGGCAACUGCAUAUGA